UACGAAAGAUGCGGAGACUCGGCAAGAGGGUGCGGUUCUCCCCUCCCCUCUUUGUCUAGGCCGCUCGAAGUACCAGGUACCGCCUACUUUGCCUUGCGGGAAGGUCGUUCUGGGCCAUUUCAUCCUGCUCCACACACCUCUCCCACCAUCCUCCAUCCUCCCAUCUUCCCGCAACAGUUACACGCUUCGUUCGUUUCGUGUCUUGCUCUGCUGGUUCUACCUCUUGUUCUCUUCUUCUUCUUUUCCAUGUCACUUGCUCCCACGUUUGUGUCUCUUCCUUUCUCUUUCUCCCUCUUCCCCCUUCUCUCUCUCUCUUACCUUCAGGUAGCUUCCUUUUCGGCCACGCCCCUCCACCCCUCCUUUUCGUCCUCUUAUUGUCCGUUGUUGGACAGGAAGUGACACAAAUCAAGUUCAAACUUAGUCCCAAUCGAGGAUACCCUCUUCUUCGCCGGCCUCCGCAUCUACCGGCGUCUAUGUGAGAGGGUGAGAGAGAGAGCUGUAUCCGUACGUGGAUGGGCACUUACAUAGGCUUGCGCGCGCCCACCCCCAACUUGUCCUCCUCUCACAUACUUGGCUCCUCGCUCGCCUACUCGCCCACCCAACCACCACCAUCACCACCAUCACCACCAUCUCAAUCCUUCGGACUGGGAUUAGUCGUCCACAACCCGCAACCACCAUCACACACAACCAGGACAAGGACCGGGACCAGGACCAGGGACCAGACUAAAAAUCAACUCUCCUGCAUGUCCCGCCCGCUCCUCUCACAUAUCUCCGUUCACCACUGGCUACCCGGCUCGCACCCGUAGGCUGUAGCUUCCCACGUCCCUUUUUACGUCCGUAACUCCCCCCGGAACACCCAGGUAACCCUCGACCGUUCCCAGUUUCUAUCCUCUUUGGACCGCAUCCUCGACUCUCUUCAACGAAUGACCGUCUUGUUUGCUUCGAUUUUCAUCCCGACAGCCUCUCAUAACACCCUCCUUUUCCAAACGCUCGGCCAUUGACAAGAAUCCGAGAUCUGAUCAGACCGGCGCCCGAACCGCCAACCAACCAUCAAAUGGAUUCUGGGCACUAUUCCGCUGCACGUCAUGCUGCUGCCGCUGCCGCUGCCGCCGCCGCCGCGGGUGGUGGUGCCGUUUACUCGGCUCAGCCCAUGGACCACGCACACGCGCACUCGCACGCUCACGCACAAGCACACGCCUACCAUCAUGGCCACUCUCACUUACAAACACCCGCGCAAUCACCCCAUGGCCAGCCACAGUACUACUCGAUCAAUCCCGUGAGCCCAACCGCACAAGGGCCUUCCAUGACGAGCCCCCGCGUCCUGCCAAACUCUGAUCUCAUGCCUGGCGCUCACUCACCGGGCUCAGCAACUUCUUCCGCGCCGCACGGCAUGACCGGUCUACCACCCAACCGCCCUUCGUCCCCGGCCGCCUCUGUGUCGGGAGCGCCUAGUCCCGCCUCCAAGCCUAUCCGGAGGCGCAUGCGCAUGAUUACGUCCUGCCUCGAGUGCCGGCGCAGGAAGCUCAAGUGCAACAAGUCUCAGCCAUGUGUCAACUGCAUGAAGUUUUCGCGCGACUGCGUCUACCUUAGCCCCAAGCUCGAUGAGGCCAGUCAGCUCCGUCUGACAGAGAUCAAGGAGAAGGUCGGAUCCCUGGAGCGCCAGUUGGAACGCGAUGUCGCCAAAACGUCCCGAGCCGCCCAGCAGCAAGCUAUCCUCGCCGACGAUGUUGAGGACGACUUUGCCGAGGAGCGCGAUCUAGAGCCGACAGAUAUGACGGCUCUCGAUGUCACAUACGAAGAAGACGCUGACGGGACCGACGAUCUCAUUGACCUGGGAGUACAAGUUGGUCGCAUGCGUAUCACAGAGCGCAUCGGUGGCCUAUCCAGACCCAGAAUAGCUGAAGAGAUCUCAGCCGGCAUAUCUGGCCCGGGCGGUCCGCCGGGGGGUCCCGGUGGUCCGAUGGGUGGCCCGAUGGGUGGUAUGGGAGGAAUGAUGGCCAUGAUGGGCGGUAGGGGCAUGGGCGGGGCCGGACGAGGCGGGCCGCCCCGUGGUGGACCGCCUCCUGGGUAUCCCGGCUUUGGUGGUCCACCACCCGGCAUGGAUGCCAUGUCUGUCGUGAGCGGAAGCUCUGGUGACUCGAUCCCCGACUUUUUGAGGCCUGGCGAAUCCUACAUCCCCCCCUCGAGUGGCUUCUUCUUUGGCCACACCCCUGAGGCCCUCUCUCUUGAUAGGAGAUUACCUCAAAAGGAGGCUGCUGAUCGACUCACGCAACAAUACUUUGCAGCAGUUCACCCCAUUGCACGAUGUGUCCACAGACCAUCCUUUGAGGCUGAGUAUGUGAACUUCUGGGAUGAAGUCUACAGCAAUAUUGAACCCAGGGCCUCCACACAAGCCGUCAUGUUUGCGGCUUGGUUCAGUGCCGCCGUGAGUAUGGACGAUCCGACAGUAAGGACAUUGUUUGGCGUCACCAAAGCCAACUUGAUCGACCGAAUGAAGACCGAGACAGAGAGAGCUCUCGGCAAGGCCAAUUUCCUACGCACAACUAGAGUGGAAACUAUGCAGGCUUUCAUCAUGUAUAUGCUCCCGCUCUGCAGAGCCGAGGUAUCUCGAGCUCACUCUGUUCUGGUCGGUGCAGCUGUCAGGAUGGCGGAGUGUAUGGGCUUGCACAGAGACGGAGAGACAUACGGACUGAAUCCUCUGGAUACUCACGUUCGUAGACUCAUCUGGCAUCAACUCUGCUUCCUCGAUAUCCGCACCUGCGAAGCGCAAGGUCCCAGGCCGGCUAUCAGGAGGGAAGAUUACGACACCAAGCUCCCACUCAACUGCGAAGAAGAAGACUUUUACGCCGCUGGGCCACCACCUGAGCCCGCAGACGUGUGGACCUCUUCUUUACUAUCAGCGAUUCGGACCGAGUGCAACGAGAUGAUGCGCGUAAUCUGGCUGGACCGCCGCAGGCUCGAAACACGCAAAACGACACUUACUGCUGUCCUCCAGAAGAUUGAAAAUUUUAGGCGGCGAAUGGUGGAAAAGUACGAACAUUUACUCGAUGGCGAGAUCCCUAUUCAACGCUACGCCAAGUUGGUCAUGAAUCUGCUCCUCUACCGCCUCCACGUCAUGAUCCUUCACCCCUACCACGCCAACGCCAACAGUCCCAUGACCCACCGCCUCAACAACCUACUCGUCACUUCUGGCAUCAUGAUCAUUGAGAUCUCGAUACAGCUUGAGAACGACCCGCAAUUCCGAGACUGGGCCUGGUAUCUAGGCGCCUACCAACAAUUCCAGAUUGCUCUGCUCUUGGCCACGGAGAUCUACUACAGACCGCAGAAUAGGGAGGCCGACCGUAUCUGGGCUUGCCUGGAUUACGUCUUCGGAACAGACCGGACUCUACCGCCUGAGAUGAAGGGCUUGCAGAUUCUGGGGGAGAUCAUGAGCAAAAUGGCAACAUACCAGAGUAUGCGCAAGAUGCGUGCGCCAACAGGAACCUCUCGAGCACCGCUAAACAAGACGGCCGUCAACGUGAGAAACGAAAACCAGGGGGGACAAAAUGCCCAGCAGCCACAUCCUGGACAGGGCAUGCCGAUGGGCUUCAAAGCAGAGCCUGGCAUGGGUGGUCCUGGUAUGCAGCAAUCUUCACCGAUGAGCGGCAUGGGGUCUCCGGGGAUGGCGUCUCCGCCCAACGCCCAGAUGCAAGGUCCGCCCCCAGGAAUCGUCUUUGCGGGUGUGUCAAACGGCGAGGCCAUCUGGAGCAUGCCACCCGUGAACGCGGACAGUCCAGAAAGUGUCAGCGACGGGGCCAGUAUGGGCGGUCACAGGCCCUCGCAACCGAUGAAUAUGAUGAACCCUCUCGAGGGCGUAGACUGGGAUGUUAUCAACGGUCUUUUCCCUCAUGAUCCUAAUACUGGCGAACUGAACAUUUCCGGCUUCAACGACCCAACGCUCGGUUUGGUGAACGGGUUCCACUGGGCUCAACGAUGAGCGUGGAUAUAAGAGGGCGUAUUUCUUGCUAUUUAUGCUUAUUUUCCUGCUUCAAUGUAUUCGACCGUUUGCGCGACCAUGUUCAAUGGGCUGGAAAGCUACUACUGCUUGCUGGCUGCUGGAGCUCAAAAGACCCCACGAUACCACGGCUAUUUUGUUUUACGCCUGUUUGGGUUUGAUUUAUGCGUAACGCGGAGUUUGAUGGGGGCGAAGUCUUCCACAGAGGGAGAAUAGUUUCACAAACGGGAAGACAUCUCUUGGUCACGAGUGUUAAUAGAGGAGGACUAGCAAUGGAGGACGAUGUACUAAUGGUUCAUCAAUGAACGACUGAAAUGCCUAGAGGGAGUUUAGUGAGGGGAUGACAUAGGUGAGGUGUUUGCAUGAGGUAGUGCGUAAUAGAAGUGAUCUCUUACAGGAGUCAAAAUUUCUUUGAACCAGG